AUGCCGACCGUUCCGUCCUCGAAGAAGCUCCACGCUGGCCCGGGCUACUACGACCUCAUCAAGGAGGCCGUGAUCAUGCUCAAGGAGCGCUCGGGCUCGUCGCGCCAGGCGAUCGACAAGUACGUGGCCUCGAAGAAAGGUUCGAGCUACUCGAAGGUCCGUCUGAACAUUGCACUGAAGCGCGGCGUCUUGUCCGGCAAACUCGUACCGGUGAAGGGCUCGUUCAAGCUGGCAACGGUGGAGAAGAAGGCUGGCGCCAAGAAGCCAGUGGGCGCUGUGUCGACGAAGAAAGUGGGCGCUGCGUCGAAGCCCGCGAAGAAGUCGCCGUCCCUGAAGAAGACGGCCGCGAGCAAGAGCAGCAAGAAGCCCGCGCUGAAGAAGGCCGGCAGCAAGCUGGCGACGGCCAAGAAGGCCAAGCCAGGCAAGAAGCCGGUGGCGAAGAAGAGUCUGGCCAAGAAGGUGUCGACGAAGAAGCCCAAGACGAUGAAGAAGAAGGUGGUCAAGAAGUCGGCAUCGAAGAAAUCGGGUGCGGCGGCCAAGAAGUAA